AUGACCGGACAACAAGCUCCUGUGAAGCUCGACACCCCGGCGGGCGUGCAUUCAUUUCUGGACCAGUAUGAUACCUUUCUUUUUGACUGUGACGGUGUGUUGUGGCUGGGCACGCACCUUUUGCCAUUGGUGAAGGAGACGUUGGCGAUGCUGACGGCGAAGGGCAAGCAGCUGUACUUCGUGACGAACAACUCGACGAAGUCGCGCGCGGCGUACGCGAAGAAGUUUGCGUCCUUCGGGAUUACUGUGGGCGUGGAGCAAAUAUUCACGUCCUCGUACGCGGCAGCUCUGCACGUGCGCGAUGAGCUACGGUUGGCGCCAGGCGCUGACAAGAUUUGGGUAUUUGGCGAGGCUGGUAUUCAAGACGAGUUGCAGUUGAUGGGGUACGAGACGAUGGGUGGCGCGGAUGAGCGGCUGGAUGCCCCUUUCGCCGCCGAUGCGUCGCCGUUUCUGGAGGGUGGGCUCGACCCUGCCGUGCGUGCGGUGGUUGCGGGACUGGACACGCACUUGAACUACCACCGUCUGUCUGUGACGCUACAGUACCUGCAGCAACCGGAAGUUGCGUUUGUCGCUACCAACCUGGACAACACCUUGCCGCAGAAAGGUCUCAAGCUGCCGGGCGCAGGCACGAUGAUCCAGUGCCUCGUUACUGCCAGUGGACGUGAGCCACAGGCUUGCGGCAAGCCCAACCAGAACAUGCUCAAGAGCAUUGUCGCUGCCACAGGGCUUGACCGCACGCGCACUUGUAUGGUAGGCGACCGUCUGAACACGGACAUGCGUUUUGGCGCGGACGGUGGUCUGGGCACCUUGUUGGUGCUGACCGGCAUCGAGACUGAGGCUGGGGCACUCGCCCCCUCAGCCGAACAUCCGCAGCCGGCGUACUACGCUGACAAGCUUGGCUCUCUCUACGAGUUUUCAGAGAUUGUCUAG